GCCCGGCGGAGAGGCAGGCUGCGUUUCGGUGGCGGAGCCGCGGUGCGCCAAAGAUGGGACCGUGAGGCGGGCACGAGCAGGCCUUCUGCUCUGGAGUUGGUUCUCUGCAAUAUGAAAACUGAAUCGUUUCACAAAUCGUGGACCUUCUAGUAGAAUUUUUCAAGAUCAGUAGACAUAUAACAACAGCUUUAUUUUUUUUCUUGAAAUCUUCUGUGCAGCUUCUGAAGUUUCAGUCACAAUGAGUUCAGGGUUAUGGAGUCAAGAAAAAGGAAGUUCAUCCUAUUGGGAAGAGCGCAUCUUUUACCUGCUUCUCCAAGAAUGCAGUGUCGUAGACAAGCAGACUCAAAAGCUAUUGAAGGUGCCCAAGGGUAGCAUUGGGCAGUUUUUUCAAGACCGUUCUUCAAUGGGACACUCCAGAAAUAUUCCUUGUAAAGGCAAGAAACUACAGAUUGGAUUAAAAAUUCUGGAACAACCUCAUGCAGUUCUUUUUGUGGAUGAGAAGGAUGUUAUCGAAAUAAAUGAAAAGCUAGCUGAACUGCUUUUGGCGAUUACUAACUGCGAGGAAAGGUACAGCUUGUUUAAAAGCAAAAGCAGAUUAACUAAAGGCAUCCAAAUAGAUAUUGGCUCACCUGUUAGAGUACAGCUUAGGUCGGGAGAAGAGAAGUUUCCUGGAGUUGUUCGUUUCAGAGGACCCUUGCUGCAGGAAAGGUCCCUAACAGGGAUAUAUUUUGGAGUAGAACUGCUGGAAGAAGGUCGUGGCCAGGGCUUUACUGAUGGACAGUACCAAGGCAAGCAGCUUUUCAGAUGUGAUGAGGAUUGUGGGGUUUUUGUUGCUUUGGACAAACUGGAGCUGGUGGAAGAAGAUGACAAUGAACUGGAAAGUGACUAUGCAGCUCCAGUUGACGCAAUGCAGGUAGAACUUCCUCCUCUGGAGAUCAACUCCAGGGUUUCUCUGAAGAUAGGAGAGAGUAUAGAGUAUGGGACAGUUAUAUUCUGUGAUGUCUUACCAGGAAACGAAAGUUUAGGAUACGUUGUUGGAGUGGACAUGGAUAAUCCUAUUGGAAACUGGGAUGGAAGAUACAAUGGCAUACAGCUGUGCAGUUUUGCAAGUGUUGAAAGUACCCUUCUUUUGCAUAUCAAUGAUGUUAUACCAGAGACUGUGUCACAAGACAGGAGACCUCCCAAGCUUGCCUAUACCGCAAGAGGUGGUGGUGAUAAAAGUGUGUUCAACCAUAGUAAGCCAAAGGCAACAGGAUCUACCUCUGAGCCUGGAAAUAGAAACAGAUCUGAAGUCUUCUACACAUUAAAUGGAUCAUCAGUUGAUUCUCAGCCUCAAGCAAAAACAAAACCCCCAUGGUAUAUUGAUGAAGUUGCUGAAGACCCUGCAAAAUCACUUACUGAUUCAUCUCCUGGAUUUGGGCAUUCUUCACCACCACUGCAGCCACCUUUAACAAACUCUAUGACUACAGAAAACAGAUUCCACUCUCUCCCUUUCAGUUUGACAAAAGCAUCAAGUACUAACGGUGCUAUUGGACACAGUCCUCUGUCUUUAUCUGUUCAGUCAGUCAUUGGUGAUGUAAACACUACAGCUAACCAGGAAAGUCCAUCAACAGGAGGCCCUGUUGGUAACUCGCAUGGUCUUGAAGCAGGUUCCUUGGCUGAAGUCAAAGAAAAUCCCCCUUUCUAUGGAGUAAUCCGCUGGAUUGGCCAGCCUCCUGGGGUAAAUGAAGUGUUAGCUGGACUGGAGCUGGAAGACGAAUGUGCAGGUUGUACAGAUGGAACAUUUAAAGGAACUCGAUACUUCACUUGUGCUCCAAAGAAAGCUCUUUUUGUUAAACUGAAAAGCUGCAGACCAGAUUCCAGGUUUGCGUCACUACAGCCGGUUUCCAAUCAGAUUGAACGCUGCAACUCUCUAGCCUUUGGAGGUUACUUAAGUGAAGUGGUAGAAGAAAACACUCCUCCAAAAAUGGAAAAAGAAGGUUUAGAGACAAUGAUUGGAAAGAAGAAAGGUAUCCAGGGUCAUUACAACUCCUGUUACUUAGACUCCACCUUAUUCUGCUUGUUUUCUUUUAGCUCCGUUUUGGACACUGUGUUACUCAGGCCUAAAGAAAAGAAUGAUGUAGAGUAUUAUAGUGAGACUCAAGAGUUAUUGCGAACAGAGAUUGUGAAUCCUCUUAGAAUAUAUGGAUAUGUAUGUGCUACAAAAAUAAUGAAACUGAGGAAAAUACUUGAAAAAGUUGAGGCUGCAUCAGGAUUCACUUCAGAGGAAAAAGAUCCAGAAGAAUUUUUGAAUAUUUUAUUUCAUCAUAUUCUAAGAGUUGAACCACUGCUGAAAAUAAGAUCAGCAGGUCAGAAAGUACAAGACUGUUAUUUCUACCAAAUUUUUAUGGACAAAAAUGAGAAAGUUGGAGUCCCAACAAUUCAGCAGUUACUGGAGUGGUCGUUCAUCAACAGCAACUUGAAGUUUGCAGAGGCUCCUUCAUGCCUGAUUAUUCAGAUGCCUCGAUUUGGAAAAGACUUCAAAAUGUUCAACAAAAUUUUUCCAUCCUUGGAGCUAAAUAUAACAGAUUUACUUGAAGACACUCCCAGGCAGUGCCGUAUUUGCGGAGGGCUGGCUAUGUAUGAGUGCAGAGAAUGUUAUGAAGAUACCGAUAUUUCUGCUGGGAAAAUCAAGCAGUUCUGCAAAACCUGCAAUACACAAGUUCAUCUUCAUCCCAGGAGACAGAGUCAUAAAUUCAAUCCAUUGUCACUCCCUAAAGAUCUGCCAGACUGGGAUUGGCGACAUGGCUGUAUCCCAUACCAGAAGAUGGAGUUGUUUGCUGUCCUCUGCAUAGAAACAAGCCACUAUGUAGCUUUUGUGAAGUACGGGAGAGAUGACUCUGCCUGGCUUUUCUUUGACAGCAUGGCAGAUCGGGAUGGAGGUCAGAAUGGCUUUAACAUUCCACAAGUCACCCCAUGCCCAGAAGUUGGCGAAUACCUGAAGAUGUCUGUAGAAGAACUGCACUCACUGGAUUCCAGAAAAAUUCAAGGUUGUGCACGAAGACUGCUCUGUGAUGCUUACAUGUGCAUGUAUCAAAGUCCAACCAUGAGUUUGUACAAAUGAACAACGCCCUCUGGAAAGCUGAAGAAAGGACAGAUUUCUACUGUUGCGUUCUCUGCAUUUUUUGUUAGUUUUGAUGCAACCGUUGCUGGCGAUGGAUGCGAUGACAAGGAAGAAGUUGACUGAGAACAAAAGGAUCACUGUUCCAAAAACUACUUGUGGAGUUCUGAGGUGGAAGUAUUUAAGCAUUUUGCACUCUAGGAAGUGUGCUUGUGUGUGUUUGUUUUAUAAACAAAGUCUAAAUGAAGUUACUAAAACUUAAAGCUUUAAGUGCAUUCAUUAUAUAUGGACAUUAAAAAAAAAAAAAGAAGAAAAAAGUGGAGUUAUUCUCAGGAGAAACCUCCUUAGUCCAUUGAGAAUGUAAAGAUGUGGUGUUACUGCUCGGGUGAGUUUCUAUGGACCAAGGAUGAUAAUUCUUGUUUCUCUCCCCCUCAGCACUGCCUUUUUAGCACCAUUAAUUCUUCAAGAGAAUAACUUCAGUUUUAACAAGAUAAAUGUUAAACUGUUCAUUGCAUUUUAAUUCUGUCCUGUUAACUGUCUGCUGUCAUACAUUUACAUCUUCAGAAAUUCAUGUCCAUUACUUAAACAUCUCAGUUCCUGUCCUGUGGAAGUCAAGCACACUGACUUGUUGUUUGGGAAGUCGGGAUUGUUGGAGAGAAGAAGAGAGCAGUAAGAGGAAGGAUAACUGCUUAAAAUUAGCAGUGCAAGGGUAUGGAUCUAACUGAUGUGUAAAGAAAGCAGACUGGAACAGAUCAUCAACUAUAUACAGAUGAUUGGAGGACAAAAUAAAGUAAGGGUUGCCUCAGGGAAUGGUAUUGAAACGGAGUUUAGUUCUUGGUGAAACAAAACUGACUUUUAUACAAUACAUUAAGCUACUACCUAGGAAUACAUUACACAUCUGACUCUUGAUAUCAGGAUUACUAAUGAAUAUUAAAAAUAUCUGCUGGGAAAAAUGAAACCAGAAGUACAGGAUCAGAGUUUUACAGUUUUACCUAGUACUUAAUGAAAACUAAUUUGAAAAGCUGCAAAAUCUGUAUUGUGUAAAAUGCACUUGGAAGUCUGUUGGUUCCUGUUUGCCAUGAAUUUUUGUGUUGUUGCUUUUUAGCUACUUCUGUAGCUAAGUGCUAUAUAUAAUGUGUGUACACAGUGAAAUCUGGUUGUACAAAGGAGUUAGUUACAAAUUGCAUAUAUGUAUGAGCUGUACAUUUUCAACUAGAGAUGUUUUAUAUGGAAAACUUCCUCCUUGGGAUCAAGUCCAUAUAGAAAACGCAACAGGAAAAGCUGCUUUAUCCACUGUUUUAAAGAGGAUGGGGAGUGAUCCUGUGUUGUAAAUGUUACUUUAUGCUUCUUGAAGAAAACAAAACUCUCCCUGUGGGACAUGCUCUACCACUGGGUUCUGCUAGAGCAAGGUAGGGAAGUGCUCAAAGGACUACUCUGUCAGCUCUAAGGAAAACAAAGGGGGGCUGAGAGCACUGAUCUGUUCCCUGGGCAGCUGCAUGAAGUGUGGUCUGAGUUUUCACUCUCAAGAGCAAAGAACUUUUUGGUGUCACUGCUGCUUUUGCCUCUAAUAAUCUCCUGGCUUCCAAGGACCCUUGCCUUAUUUAUCUCAUCUGUGCUCCUGGCAAAAUGCUAAUUCUCUAGUUGCAGUACUGAGUUCUUAAACUCCUUUUCUCCCAAAGAAUUCCUGUAAGGCUUUAUUUACCUGCUGGAUUCGGUAAACAUCUGUCAGCAGAGGGCUGUUGUUGGCAGUGGUUCUUCCUUGGCUCUGGGAAAGCAGCUGCAGGUGCUCAGAUGUGUUGACAGAGAUGCCAUAGAAGCAGUGGGUAGGGACUAUAAAGUAAAAAUGACUAGGCUGGUAUUUACUUUAUAAUGCCACUUACUUGCUUACACAGUGGGAGCAGAAAGUAUGAUUUCCACCCCCUCCUCCCCCAAAAAAGAAAAAAAAAAAAGAAAAGAAAACAUAUAUUAAUAACAAACAGGACUGAAUUGAAGUUGAUGGGUGUGAAUAAAUGAACUGCUUGGCUUCCUGGCUGCAGUUUUUCUCAUCUGACUGCUCUGUGGUAAUCUAGCAAUGUAAAUGAGAUGUCAUGGAACCUAACCUGGGUUUUCUAUUUCAGGAAGGAUUACAAAGCAAACAUCUUUCACUCUAAAAAGAAAUGUGUAAAAUAAGUUAGAGAAUUCAGGAUGUGCCAAAGGGGAUUGAAUAAGCUAAUUUGAGGAGAGCCUGCAUUUAAUACCUGCCCUUCUGGUAAAGGCAGUGCACAAAAGUUCCAGUGACUGAGCACUCACCAUUGAUAUAUAUAAUACAUUUGGGAAUGGCCCAGGUAUUUUUUUUUUUUCCUAUUUCUUUUGAAAAUGCAGAUGCACCCCUAAAUUAAUAGCACUUGUUAAAUGAGAUGAUUGCUUCAUGGUUCACCUCUCACAUCUUGCUAAUGUGGUCUUAAGGUAUGAGUAAGAAUGCACAUACAAGGUACAGUUCCUAAUGGCCUGCAAACAAAGUUGAGAGAAAAAAGAAAGGACUGCAGUACUUAGUGCUCACCAAUAGAAAUCCCCAAAGCGCUGUAGGCUGCAGCAGAAGGCUGGUGUAUUUUGGUAACUGGAGAAAAAGCUGCAAAAUUCUCUUCAGUUAAAGGAUCCUGAACAUAUGUUGAAAGUGUAGUACUGUGUUUUACUGAAUAGCUUCAGCAGUGGCUACUUUAAGCAAGUGCAGUGUGUCACAGGAGUUAUUCCUACAAAUGGUUGGUUCAUUUCAAUGCACUUAUUUUUCUUGUGCACUUUAUGCUCCACUGAAUAGAUAAACUUGGUCACCACGGUCCCUACUGCCAGCCUGUGUCACACAAAGCUGGAGCACAAUUGGCUGCAGAUUGCAACUUGGUGUUUCAGACCUGAGAUGGUGUAAAAAGCAGCUUGAAAGCUUUGUGUAUUUUUACCACUGUAACAAAGCAUGUUUUCUCUGUUCUUGAUGUUUUGCUAAAUAAACAUCUCAUGUUUUGUGCACAAAUCAUCUCCUUAAACUUACAAAUGCUGUCUGCAGAAUGGGGUAGGGAAACAAACCAUUGUAUCAGGUUGCCCUGAACUAGCCUUAACUUUUCUUCCCCAAUGGUAGAAAGCAAUUAGCUGCUGCUGCAAUGUACCAUGUGUUCUUUCUGUAUUAAUUAAAAGUAUUAUUCUUA